AUGAGAAUCACACCUUCACUCGCCCUCUUUGCGCUCGCCGCGGCUGCACCUGCCCCUCAGGCUGCCAAGAGCGAUGCCGACAACUUGCUGUCAUCCAUCUCGGCUUUGGACCUUGCUCACGACGACGUUAUUCUGUACGGCGUCAAUGGCGAAUACAAGGUCAUCAAGGAAGCCGAGUUCCAGAACCUCACUUCUGCCGGCGUUCUGACCUACGGCAGUGGCGACGAGGUCAAGGCACGCGAUCUUUCCGAUUCUUCGUCAGUGCUUGAGGCCCGAGACUGUGACGGACGUAAUGUCGAGUACGAGAUCACCAGCCAAGCCAACUUCCUCGACUGGGACGUCCAGAUCUCCCCUGUCAUCGGAGCUCAGCAAGCUCCCGUGACUAUUGCGGUCGCACGUGGCUACCAGGUAGCCAACUCAAUUACCAUCGGAGAGACUGCCGGAAUCUCCGCCGAAGGCCUCUCUGUCAGCCUCAAGAUUGACUACCAGACGACAUGGACUACCUCUGAUACCACUACCAUCACCUACACCGUCCCUACCGGACAGUACGGCGUAAUCGUCAGUCAGCCUUACGUCCACCGCAUGUACGGCACCGCCUACAGCUCGUGCGGUACGAACGGUGGAACCACGGAGAACUGGAUGUCCACAACCCAUUCGAGCCAGACCUACGGUAGUAUGAACUGGGUUACGGGUGUCUUCCGCCUCUGCGCCAGCAAGAGGUACCCUAUUCCCUAUUGCAACGGCAGAGGUAGUCACCACUAA